AUGGAUUCCUUUGCUGUGAUCCCAAAGAAAUCACUCCACAUUCGCUCAAAUAGCUUGCCCUCAAAGCCACAUCCAAUCGUUGCCCAAGUUGAUGAACAUUUGUGCAGAUUGAAGUCUUCUGAAGCCACUUCUUCAACUUCUUCUUUAGGCAGCAGACUCGGCAGCCUUCAAGAUUUGCAAGGCUGCAUUGAUAAGUUACUUCUUCUACCAUUCACCCAACAAACUCUUGUCAAUGAGAGCGAUAAUAAAUGGGUUGAUGACUUACUAGAAGGAUCUCUGAGGCUCUUAGAUUUGUGUGAUAUUGCUAAGGAUGCAUUGUUGCAGACAAAAGAAUGUGCACGUGAACUAGAAUCAGUUUUACGCAGAAGAAGAGGUGAAACGGUUAGUGCAAGUGAUCUAAAAAAGUGCUUGAGUUCUAGGAAUAUGAUAAAGAAGACUAUCCACAAGGCCUUGAAGGGCAUCAAAAGGAAGUGUUCCCAAAAAAGUGAAGAAAGUUCAGCAACCGUUGGCUUACUAAAAGAAGUAGAAGCAAUCACAUAUAGCACUGUUGAAUCAGUAUUGUCCUUCAUAGCAGGAUCAAAGUUGCCAUCAAAGUUGAGUCGAUGGUCUUUGGUCUCUAAGGUGGUACAACCUAAAAGAGUAGCUUGCAACAGUGAAGACACAUAUGCAAAUGAAGUAGAGAUGGUGGAUGCCACACUCAAUUCAAUUGCCAGCCACACAACAGAUAAAUCCAACUUCCUUAUGCAAGUUGAAAACGUGCAGGACUCUUUAAGGAAAUUUGAGUCAAGUAUUCAGGAUCUUGAAGAAGAUAUCGAGAGUCUAUACAGGCAUCUUAUCAAAAAUAGAGUCUCGCUUCUCAACAUCCUAAAUCACUAA